AUGUAUAAGCACUCAAAUGAGAAAGAUGGAAAGAAAUGUGUCACUCAACUAAGAGCUAGAAUGAGAUCACCGAAAAUCAUGGAAUUACUGGUUACCAAAGAGGGAUGUAUCGUAUUGGCAGAGAUGUUUAGUGAUUCGAACCCAAUGGAUGAAGAGGAUUGGAAUAUUUUUUUGGAUGAAAUCAAAACCAAAUAUCCUAUUUUGAAUUAUUUCACAGACCAUAAUAUAAAAGGAUUGAUUAAAUUCAAACUAUUUCCAAAUGGAAUAUCAAUGGAUUCAAAAGACAAGGAUUAUUUGGUCAGUUUAUUUGAACAAUUUACAGACAUCAUGAUUAUCGCUGACCACUUUAGACGUUACAAAAAUGGUAUUCUUAUCGGACCCAGAACAAUCAAGAAUAUGUAUCAUAUUUACAAGUUCCCCCAUACAGAGUGGACCGAGCAAGAAACUGUUGCAUUCAACAAAAUAAUUAAUAGAUUGGAUACUCUCACCUUUCCAUCCUUCCAAUCCAUCUCGAAUGAAUUAAAGAAUCAAGGCAUCAAUCGAUCAAGCAACCAGGUCAUGAGGAAAUAUUUUUCUAUUUUUAAACCAAUUCAAGUUGCCGAGAUGGUGGAAGGAAAGGUGGAACAACUUCAAAAGCUUGUUGAAGAGGAUCGUGCACGAAAUGGUUUGGUUGGUUGGUCAAAUAUUAUAACUUCUCUUGGUCUUCCUCUGAGAAUGAGACAGGCACUGAUCCAAUAUUAUCCUAGAAUUGAUCCAGCCUAUUCAACAAAAGGAUACCCGUUUGAUGAGGAACUUGGAAUGAGCAAUGGUGAAAGAGUGUUGAUUGAUGGAAUCUACACCAAAUAUAGAGACACUUGUGAAAACCUGGUCAUCUCUAUUCAGUUUUUAGAAUCAAGAUACAAGUAUUUAUCGUCACAAUUGGUUUUGGAAGGUCGUGUUGGACUACUAAGAAAAGAAUUGGAAUCAUUAGAUUCAAUGAAGAAAUAUUUAAUUAAUGUAUCAUCAAUGGACGAGGACGACAUAUUGAUUCUCAAUUCAAAGAAGAUAUUUGGUUGCCCAAAAUUUCCAGAUCUGAUCAUUCGAAUCCAAAGUCUCAAAAUGGUGAUCUACAUUGAGAUAGAUGAGUUCCAACAUACUUGUGAACCCUGCUCUGAUCAUUUCGAAAGAAUGCCUAUCAUUUCAGAUUGUGGUUUCAAACAAAAGCACGGAGACACUUCUAUCUUUUUGAGAUUCAAUCCCGAGAAAUAUUCCAUCGAGAGAGCUGCCAAGGAGUCGAUCUCUGAGUUAUUCCAGAUCAUUGAAAGAAACAUGGGCAUGUUCGUUGGUUUAGGCCGUUACGUUGCCUAUUCGCAUUUUACAAGUCAACGAUUCCAAUCGUAUCUCAUUCGUGAGAAACUUGGAUCAUUUGUUGAUUCAACUGCCAACAUCAAGUUCUACAGACUAUAA